AUGAUCGCUAUCAGCCUUAUUAGCAUUUGCACCAUGAAACCAUCCUCUAGGAUUCUCAUUAGUUGCAAAAAUUCAUCGUUUCUUGCAAGACGUCACCAUACUCUUACGAUGCCUAUGUCUAUCUCUAACCCUUUUGGUCACAACAGCAUGCAUUUCCCUUUUCGCAUGUUAGAGUUUGGACGCAUAAUGAAUGGUACCCAGAAAGUUUUUGGUUUACCUUCCUCUUCGAGUUUCGUCCAUUCAAGGUCCCUUCGUUUAAGAGGAACAAGAACAACGGGUGAUGUCUCUGCCGUUCCUGGAGUUGCCUUCGACUUCAAGGCUCGAGACUUCUCAGGCUCCAUUGAGACACGUGUCAAUGAGAACAAUGGUGAGAAGGUAUACGUGAAGGGUGGCGUGCAUGUGAAGCCAUUCGUGGUGGAAAGAAUUGAUAACGAUGAGAAGAAUGUUGGAGAAGAGGAAGAGUCCCGGUUAGAAGUUGGUGAGAAAGAUGUGAACACAGAGAAUUCAUGUGGUUCGAAGAAUGUAUCUGAGCCCUUGAACAAUGGUGAAGAGACAGAGGUGGAAAAGGAGGCAUGGAAGUUAUUGCAGGAUGCGCUUGUGACAUAUUGUGACACCCCUGUGGGAACUGUUGCAGCAAAUGAUUCAGGUGACGAGCAACCCUUGAAUUAUGAUCAGGUUUUUAUUCGUGAUUUUAUCCCUUCGGCUCUUGCUUUCUUGCUCAGGGGAGAAAAAGAGAUUGUUAAGAACUUUCUCCUUCACACCUUGCAACUCCAGAGUUGGGAGAAAACAGUGGACUGCUAUAGCCCAGGGCAGGGUUUAAUGCCUGCUAGUUUCAAAGUUAAAACUACGCAAAUUAAUGAAGAAAAGAAAGAAGAAGUUCUAGAUCCUGAUUUUGGGGAAUCAGCUAUUGGUCGUGUUGCUCCUGUAGAUUCAGGAUUGUGGUGGAUCAUCCUGCUGCGGGCUUAUGGGAAGCUCACUGGUGACUACACCUUACAAGAAAGGUUGGAUUUUCAAACAGGCUUACGAAUGAUCCUUAACCUGUGUUUAACGGAUGGCUUCGAUAUGUUUCCUUCUCUGUUAGUAACUGAUGGAUCUUGCAUGAUAGACAGGAGGAUGGGUAUUCAUGGUCACCCCCUUGAGAUUCAAGCGUUAUUUUACUCAGCUCUUCGCUCUGCCCGUGAGAUGGUUGUAGUAGAUGAUGGAUCCAAGAAUCUGGUUGGAGAAAUUAAUAACAGACUCAGUGCACUGUCAUUCCACAUUAGAGAAAAUUAUUGGUUGGAUAUGAAAAAGAUGAAUGAGAUAUACAGGUAUAAAACAGAAGAGUACUCCUUGGAAGCCACAAAUAAGUUCAACAUCUAUCCAGAACAAAUUCCAAUGUGGCUAAUGGAUUGGAUUCCAGAGGAAGGUGGAUUUCUGAUGGGGAAUCUUCAGCCAGCUCACAUGGAUUUCAGGUUUUUCAUGCUUGGAAAUCUUUGGUCUGUUGUUUCGUCUUUGGGUACCCCAAGACAGAAUAAGGCUAUUUUGAAUCUGAUAGAAGCAAAAUGGGAUGAUCUCGUGGGGAACAUGCCUCUUAAGAUAUGUUAUCCUGCCUUGGAGAAUGAUGAAUGGCGCAUAAUUACUGGCAGCGACCCAAAGAAUACCCCUUGGUCAUAUCACAAUGGUGGAUCUUGGCCAACCCUUCUGUGGCAGUUCACGUUGGCAUGCAUCAAAAUGGGAAGAAAUGAACUAGCUCAGAAAGCAGUUGCUUUGGCUGAGAAAAGGCUACCAGUUGAUUCUUGGCCUGAAUAUUAUGACACCCGAACGGGAAGAUUUAUUGGAAAACAAGCUAGGCGUUAUCAAACAUGGACAUUAGCUGGGUUCCUUGCUUCUAAGAUCCUUUUGAAGAAUCCUGAAAAAGCAUCCUUGUUGUGCUGGGAUGAGGAUUUUGAGAUUCUUGAGACAUGUGUUUGUGUCCUUAGUAAGAGUGGCAGGGCAAAAUGCUCCCGUGAUGCCGCAAAGUCUCAUGUUCUCGUCUGA